AUCCAUCCCUCUUCAAGGAAAGUUCGUUUUCGGUCCAAACAAAACAAAAAUUAAUAACAAACGUUUGGUACUUGUCCUGAUAUACUUUAAGACCCUGUAUAUCCGUAGUUGACAUUCCAACACAAUACUAACAUAUUUUAUGCACCCCUCUAUCCCCUUCGAGAUUAGGACGUCGACGUUUCCGCUUUGGGAAUGCCGAAAGGUCGUGCAUCAACACACCGUAGCCAACCUUUUCUCCAUAAAUCAUCACGCCAAAUUAGCAUGAGAUAAACACCCGGAACCAUCGCCACGGGACCACCAAAGGCUGAAACUAGCGUUCCUGUCAUUGCUACCCAUCCCUUACUGCUACCAUACCCCUCCCCUCCCACAAUGUCGUAUCUCCAGUCAGACGUCAAUGUACAGAACUUUCUUAAGCGGGCCCAGGAGCUCAGCGAUAAGAGGGCACGCGAGGACCAGUUGCGUACGCUGCAGUUGGAACAGGAAAUUGAGCAGAUGACUUCACCGCAAAGGCGACGUCGCAUGCCGUCCCCUGCACGCCGAACCCAGAAGGGCGUGCAAGACGACGCGUUCAGGGCGUCCUUGCCUGUUCGUCUUGAUCCUCCACGCCUUGAACCCCCAGUCGAGCCUCUGUCAUUUACCCAGUCUUACGGAGGUGCGCCUGUGAAUUAUGAUGGUGAAAAUAGAUCAUAUGGGUCUAGGUCACCGGAAGGACAGACCCCAAUAGGCAGAUCAAACACUGUGUCAUCAUCCAAGAAUGUCCAUGAUCUGGUCAACCCCAAUAACGCCGAUUUGUUGCGUGAUUUAGCACAACUCAGUGACUCAUACACUUCGACUCGCGAAGGCUCGGUCAGAGACCGCCCAGGAUAUAUGGAACACACCACCUCACAGCGAACUAUCAGGGCAGGCCCACUGCCAGCUGACAAGAAACCCCCCCUCCAUCCCUUCAAUGUUACUCCAGACGACGUGGAAUCGCUUGCUACCACGUCUUAUGAUGAGUUCAGUCAGUCAUUGCGGUAUAGCAAUGUUGUGCAGUCGCAUUCACUCGGGAGAAAGACCACUAUGCGGGCCGACCCGGUAUUUGACGUUCGUCCAGACGACGUGUCGCACAGAUCACGAACCCCUAGCCGAAGUGAUUCCCAAAAUCUGACCAGAAAUUCUGACUCAAGCUUUUCCAUUCAGUUGGUCAACCCUGUGGCCAGAGAGGAAGCAAAGAGGGUGCCGCCAACGAAGCCCAAGCCACGGCAUUUCUCGGUAAGCGAAAAGACAAGGGGAAAUGGUGCAGCAUCUCAUAAACGAGAUGAUGAGCCAAGCCGAGAGGGUGAACCAAAGACGAAGGCUCAGUUGAUGGAAGAGUAUAAAAGAGAGAGGGCCGAGUUGGAUGCAAAGUACCUCGGAGUAACCGAAGCGGACGACACGAAACCACAUACAGUAGAAAAGCCUCCAAAACGCCCUGUGGAUAAGCCUUCAAAACCUCAACCAGUGGAAACGGAUCAAGAUACGCUCGGCAGCGCUGCCGCUAUAAACCUGCCACGUUCCAACUCCAGCUUCACCAGUUUCUCCAACGGCCCCGCCCCCAUGCCUAAUCGGGCCCAGGCAAUGUACGCCUCCUCUGCUGCUAGGGCCCCGCCCUUGAAGCUGGUUCAGCUCUCCUAUGAAAACCCAUUGCACAAAGUCGUGGAAUCCACUCCCCAGAAGAUCACUCCUAGCGAUAGGGGGCUUCUCGAGAGUCUUUCUACUUCCAAAUCAAUGUACGACUUUGACAGUCUGGUCCCGAUGCCGAAUCGGGCCCAGGCCAUAUUUGCCUCGGCUGCUGCCCGAGCUCCGCCGUUGAAGCUGGAGGUUCACACGACGCUUGGCGAGCAAACUUCUUACAAAUCCCUCAAUCAUGAGUACUCCCAUCGGUUGCCAUCUACAUCGGCGACUCCAAAAACGCCAGCAUCGAGUGGCUCCGCCCCGCCUGCUGUCAUUAAAGCUUUCAAUCCAACAGACAAGGUCACCGGUGCCCCGUGGUUAUCAAGCGCCAUGAACAACAAGAACGUGGAGCACGAGGAAAUGGAUGAAACCGUGGUCAAGAAGUUUGUGCCACUAAAACCAGCCAAGCCCACUUCGCUCAGUGCCAAGGUAGAGAUUGAGGCUAAGGAGAAUUAUGAACGGUUGAGACAGGGAUUACGGUCGCCUGAAAGACUCCAUAGAAGCCCCAGCAUCUCCGAAGGGCCUGUCUCGCCGCUUGUUUUGAAAAAGGUUAGGGAAUCCCGAGACGCUGGGGAGCGCAAAGUUUCGCUUCCAGAGGCGUUAAAACAGAGGCAGUUCCUCAAGCCGGCCGUGCCGAUCCUGAAGCCUUCAGUAGAGGAACCCGAGGCCUUCCAGCGUCACCAGUCGUUGAAACCUGCGCCACCGGUGGCUCGUAAGGAAGCAGCCGUGCCCGAAGCGAUUGAGCGGGCUAACAAGCUCAAGGCUGCAAAGCCGGUGGUUAAGCCUAAACCGGAUCUUCCAGAGGCGUUCAAGGUCAUGGAGAAGUUGCGUCCUGCCUCACCUACGAAGAAGACCGAAGAAGAAGUUCCCGAGGCGUUGACAAAGUUGCGAGGCUUGAAGAGACUGCCGAAAAAGACUACAGAGGAGCUGGUUGGAACCAAAGAGGCUCCAAUAGAGGGGAUUCGUCUCCCGUGUUUGGCCAACGUUGAUUGGAAGGCCCAGUUAAAGGCACGCACCUACAAUCCAAGCACACCAAAGCUUGUGCUUGAUGAACUGUUUGUGAGAGUCCCGCCUGUAAGGUCCAGUACGCUUCCAACCGCCUCUAGUGAAGUGAUUGUGGGUGUUAGAAGGGCCUCGUCUAGUGGGGAACUCAAAAAGCAGGCACCAAGGCUUACCCAUAUGACGAAAAGCAGAACGAAGGGGCCGAAGAGAAGGCUUCCAGCUGGAAUUGAAGCGAAGGUGGAGACGAUGAAGAAGGUCCCGCCAGCUGUCAAGCCCAAGCCCAAGGUGGUUCCAAGUCGCAGUUUCACCGGCGAGUUUUUUGUCUAAAGCAAGGUGCCUUGGUAUAUAGAACCUACCAACUUCCGUUAAAUCGGAGGAUUAUAGUCACAGCGAACGUAGUGUAGUUCCGUGAGACAUAUAGUAAUACUCAUUCCAUAAGCCUC